AUGUAUAAAAAAGGAAGUGCCAUGUCACUGAGACGCUGUGAGUUCCAGGCAGAAAGACCAAAGUUGCGAAGCAUGUUCGACAUUCAGACAGCCGAAUUCAAAACCUACAUGCUCACCAAACCUUGCGAGCACCAAACUGUCUUGGAGCAAAUGAGGGAGCAAAAAUUUCUUGAGGAGGCAUCAGUCAGGGAAGUCUCCGAACCCUCGCCUUCCGUCGAAUGGUACCCCCCUUCACCAAGCAAUUUCAACCUGCCCACCAACUAUGACGUGAACGAAUCCUCCUACAAAGCUCUGGGUUGUAUCAUCAAGGGAAAGAAGAAAACGCUGCUGAACCUGGAGAGGCCUCUGGAAAACAACCUCGGAAGAGCAACUAAAAUCUGUUUCGACGAGGCAGAGAAAGACGAGGAGGAAGUUGGGAAGGGGAGUGGUGGUGGAGUUGUAGCGGAAGUGGAUGGGAGCAAUGAUGUCAUGCAAAGUGUUGAAGAGAUGGAACGAAACUUGAUUCAAACUUUAGAAAACAAAAAAGUUCAACCCGGCCAGUCCAAGAUUUUAAUGACGGAAGAAAUUCUAGCGGACGAGGCCUGGAGGCGACAGAUGUGGCCAAUGCAGCCCCUCUACCACUCCACCCCAUGCCACAAAAUGGACCACCUCCCUCCACUUCAGGACAACUUUAUCAGGAACAUCCCUGCAAUCCUGAACAAACCCCCAAUGCGCUCCCAGUGGAAUAACAAGAACAUCGCAAGAAGGAUGUUGUGA